CUCCCAUCCCAUCCUCCGCCGCUUUUUCUUUGCAUCUACCUUCUUAUUCGGAUUCAAGCUUGUUUCUUUGCUGGUCGUUCCUUGUCUUUCUUUUCUGGUCUAAUCCUUUUCACAAUGGCUUCUCCUCGCCCUGCCUCCCCCCUAACCUCAGGCGCUGAGUCUGGUCCUGAGUCCAAGUCUGCCAAUGCCCCCGUCUCUGGCAGCUCUGCCCUGAACCGCCCGUCAUCCCCAACGCCUCCUGGUGGACCACGCACUGCUCUGCGUCGUCGCGCGGCUGCUGACCACAAGGAGUCUCUGCGCAAUGCGCGCCCUACUUCGACCCGUUCUGCUGGUGCCGGUGGCUCCUCCGGUACGAUGCUGAAGCUCUACACCGACGAGAGCCCCGGUCUGAAGGUUGACCCGGUCGUGGUGUUGGUUCUGAGUCUCGGAUUCAUCUUCUCAGUUGUUGGACUACACGUCAUCGCGAAGAUCACUCGCAAGUUCUCUUCGUAAACCUACCUUACAGCCGCAAUUAGUCGGGCCGCUUGGUAGAUUGGGAUCGAAACAUGGAUGGUUGCGAAGAUGUCGCUACGAUGGCGCAAAGCUAUAUGACCCAAUCCACAACUCGGCCAAUUCUACGAGCAACCAGAUG